AUGCCAAAUUUUAUAUUCCCUUUGCUUUAUAGGAAUAAGACACUUCUAAAUCAUGUAAUAAAUACAAUGAUUGCUAAUGAUGAUAAUAUAGUGACAGGUGGUCAAUAAGGAGAAUUGGUAAUUUGGUAAAAGAAUCUAAAUCCAAGAAUUGUUAUAUACCCAAAUCUAUCUAAUGCAUUUGGGAAAUUAUUGAGUUUGAAUAUAGUUCGAAUACCUUUUCUUAACAUUUUAGAUAGAGCAGAAAAAUGUUUAGUGACAAUUCAUGAGGAUAAAAGAAUAAGAAUAUUUGAUUGUCAAGAUGGUCGGUGUGUUGGAAUAUCAGCACAUGAUAGUACAGGAUUAGUAUAAUACUGUAUACCUUUGAGUUCCAAUAAUUGUAGGUUCUUAAUGUUGGGAAUGUAAAAUGGUUUGAGUUUAUUUGAUCUUUGGAAAAUGAAAAAUGUUAAACAUUAUGAGUGUAAAGUACGAUCAAUGUGUUAGCUUGAUAUUAAUACUAUAUGUGUCUUAGAUUAAGAAAACAUUUUACAUCUUCUUAAUUUAUCUCCUCUUAAUAAUGAAAGAUAUUUGAAUUAUAAAGAAUUCAAGAAGAAGAAAGAAUAAAUUAAAUUAGAUUUUAAAGAGCUUAAAUUAUGCGAUGGAUUGAAAAAAAUCAAAAUUGAUGGAAUUGGAAGUAAUCGAAUUAGACAUAUGAGUUUUAAUUAAGAAUUUCAACAUUUGACUAUAUUGAUGCAUCGUUAAGUAUAUUUAGUAUUUGAAAUUUUUGAAAUACCAUGGAUUUUAUGUGUUAGUUAAUCAAAAAAUAAUUAAAAGUUUACGAAAGUAUAUUAUUCAAAAGAAUGCUUCUAUAUUACUACUAGAAAUGGAAAUGUUCUUGGAUUAGAAUAUAAGGAUAUAAUAUAUUUGUUAACUAUUUUAAAAGAUUAAUCUGAUUUUGUUUAUGGUUUUAAAGAAUUUUAAUUUACUAAAAUUGCAGGCUCUUAAUUUAGCAGAUUGUAAGUCAAUUUUUAAGAAUUAAUAUCUGGUUCUGAAAAUUAAAAAGAUAUUAAUGGAAUUUUCAUUUUAAAGAAUAUAGUUUACUAAUAUAAAAAUUAAUGUUUAUGUCAAUAUAAUUUAAAAGAUGUUAAUUUAGAUAUGUCAUUGAUUCGUAUAAAUUAAGAGGAUUCAGACAUAAAAUUUAAUGGAUUUAAAUGGUCAUUUAAUACAUUUUCUGAUUUGAUUAAAAUCUAAACAUUAAAACAAGGAUGUAAAUAGGUUAGUUAAUAUAAUUUUAAAGAAUCUUACAAUGAUGAUUUAGUUUGGAAUUUAGGUCAAAUGACAUCAUAAUAAUUUUAGACUAAAUAUUUACCUUAUAUAAAUAUUGAUACACAAAUAACUAGUGCAUUUAUAAGUGUAAAUGAGGAGAAUUAAAUUUAUUGGUUUGGUUGUAGUAAUGGUAUCAUCUUUGGAUUUCCAACUAUAUAUAGUAGUAAAUCUUAUUUCAUUUACAGAAUAUAAAUGGAUAUGAAACCAGUGACAUUUAUAUAUUAGAAAGCCAAAUAUUUAGUUGGGAGUUCUGAAAGUGGAUAAUUUGUGAUAAUGGAAUAUAGUAUAGUUUUUAAUGAAAAGAUUGGAGAUUAGGAAGUAGAGUUUAUAGAUUUGGAACCUUCUUAAAGAAUAUACUUUCCAAGUUAUGCAAAGAAAACAAUAAGAAUUCAUAAAUUAGAGAAUGAAUCAUAUGAAGAAAUAUAAGGAAAUAAUCAGUAGUAAAAAUUUUUAAAGAUUGCUAUCUUAAUGGAGAACAAUGUUAUAUUGAUUAUAAAUCUAUAAGAUGGAGAAGUGCAAUUGAAAUUACAUGGUAUAAAUUAAGAAGUCUUGGGAUUGUAUUAUGAAGAUUAAGGAGAUUAAUGGUUUGUAGUUGUAUAGGGUGGUGAAUCAUUAGUAUAUGAUUAUAAGGGUAGAUAUUUGAGAACAUUGAUGAUAGAGUAGUAUCAUUCAUUAUUUUAAGUAGAAAAGAAAUUGAAUAAGGUGAAAGAAAAGAUGAUUAGUCAUCAUCAUUUAAGUGAGUUUAAGCGUGAAUUCAAUAAAUCAAUAAGUAAAGUUUAUAGAUUGUUGGAGUUUUAAUAAAGGAAUAAUUAUAUUAAAAUGUAAUCUCCUUAUCCAAGUUUAUAUGAAGUAGGUGGUUAAUUCAAAUAGUGGUAAUUUGAAGCUGAAUAAGCAUCAAAAAUGUUAUAUUUGAUAGACCAUAAUUCAAUAAAAAAUAAUAUGAAAAUGUGUAAGUUUGUAGAAACUAGCAUAGGAGAAUUAGAAUGGUGGGAUUUGAAAAAAUAAGGAGAUUCUAAUAAUUAGAAUAGAUUAUUUUUAAUGCUACAUCCUUGGGAGGCAGAUAAUCAAUUAAGUACUUAAUUAGAAUAAAUAUUGAAUUAUAAGAAACCUACAUUCUCUCCUUUAAUUGGUGUUUAAUCUAUGGGAUUUUGUGUUAGUUUUUCAUUUUCCAGAGGAUGGGAUGUAUCACCUCAUUUUACUUCUUAAAGAGCUAUGUCAUUGAUGCAUUUUUAUUUGUCUUGUUUAUCUAAAGAAGCUUAAGUAUUCAAUCAUUUAAUGAUUCAAACUGUUGAAUUACUUACUAAAAAAAAAUAAAUGCUUGAUAAAAAUUUUAAGUCUAUGGAUUUAUUUUUAUUAGCUUAAUAUACUAUUGAUGAAUCUAAUGAAGUAAUGAAUGCUGCAUGUAAUUUAAUACUGUCAUAAAUUAGAAAGUCUGAUCAAGAUAUGCAAGAAUAGCAUUUAUUAAUUAGAGAACUUCUUGAUUUAAAUAAGGAGUAAUAAGGACAUACAUUUUCUAAUGUUGAAGUGAUACUUCUAAUGUUAGAAUCCUAUUUAGCAGGAAUGUGUUAACAUCUUUAAUAAAAUGAAGAUUAAAAAAGAAGAGUUAUUCAAGGAUUACAUCUUAAAAAUUGUAUUGUAAAUCCUCAUCUUUGUGCACCUCUUCUUAAAGUUUUUGUUGAUGUCUAAUAACAUUUUAGAAAUUCCUAUAAUCCAUCUGAUAUUUUUAAGAAUCUAUUCUUCAUCUUUUUUUAAUAUAAUACUGUUAUAGAUUAUUCAGAAAUACUUACAUAAGGUAGUUAAUAAAUGUAAUUGAUCAAUUUAUUAAAAGAGAUCAGUAAGUAAUCAGAUGAUAUGAAAAAAAGAAUGAGAUAACUCACUGUUAAAAGUAUUAUUUAAGUUGCAAUUGCAACCCCUGCUGAAUUUACUAAAAUUUUAAAUAAAGAUAUUUAAAAUCUGGAAACUCAUUUAUUAUAUCCAUCCUCUAUAAUUGAAAUCAUACGUAAUUAUAUAAAAUCUUAACAUAAUAAUAUUCAUAAACAAUUACCUUUCCUUAUGGAUAUUAUAUUAAAAAGUCUUGAUCCAAAUAAUCCAAAUUUACGUAAAGUUUGUCAUAGAUCUGCUACAUAUGCUUUAUAAACAAUUUGUAAAACAUUUAAAUGUGUUUGUUUCCAUUAAUAAACUUAGAAGAUAGCUAUAGGAGAUACUCAAAUAAUUAUAUAUGAUUUAAGAACUGCUGUUAAAUGGAGAGUUCUAGAUGGACAUAGUGGUUAAGUGAAUUGUCUAGAGUUUGAUCAUACAGGUAAACAAUUAGCCAGUUUUAGUAAUACUGAUUGGAAGAUUAAAAUAUGGAAAGUAGGAUCAACAGGGUAUAGAAAUUCAAUUUAUUAUUUAGAUUCUUUGGAGCCAUUAUAGGUAUACAAGGUAAACCAAUGAAAGAAAUGUCUGUUAGAUAAUAAUCUUUAGAUCAGCCUUAAAUUUAAUGGUCUUAAGAUGAUAGUAGAGUAUUUUUAAUGUCAAAUGGACACUCCAUUGCACAAUGCUAAGUUUGA